CAGGUCAGAUUGAAACUGAAGUUCAUUAAAGCAGCUAUUCAUCCUAGAGCAGAGACACAAAGAAGUGCAAGAUGACCGGUGAACAGCGCUUUGUGAUCAGUACCCGCAUUAUUGGAGCUGUCCUUAGGGACACACCAAAACUCAAGAUGUUCAUGAUAUCUGUGUUAUGGUCUGAUGAGACGGAAGUGAUUAUCUACAGGUCUUUCCAGGAUUUCAAGAAAUUUCAUAGGCAGCUGAAAAAGAGGUUCCCUCUUAUGAACCUUUUCCGGAAAAAUGACAGAGUGAUCCCCAAAUUUAAAGUAAAGGCCAGGCGAGGCAGCUUCCAGCAGAAGGGAUCCAAGCGAUCCGUCCAACGCAUGAAGUUCCUGGAGAGCUACUGCGACAAGCUGUUGAGAUGUGACCAAACUGUGACUCAGAGCUCGGAGGUCGCACAGUUCUUCAUGCCCAAAGACCAGGACCUGCAGCCAGACUUCACCAAGAACAGCAUCAUGAUCCUGCUGUCUGAUGAUCUGCCUGAUGGCCCAGGUGGAGGGGGUGGCAAUGUUACUCGCCAGCAUGCGGGCAGCAUCACUCACCCAUUUGUCACCCAGACUUAUCGCUGCGUGGCUGCUUAUGAGACAAAAGAUACCAAGAAUCGUCUGUUUAAGGUUGCUGUGGACGAGAAGCUGGAUGUCCUGAUCAAAGACCCUGCAGGUUGGUGGCUGGUGGAGAAGGAGGAUAAGUGUUUGGCUUGGUUUCCUGCUCCCUACCUGGAGUUAUGGGAAGGAGAGGAAGAUGAUGAUGCUGGAUUCCAACUAGGAGGUGCCCUGUACUGUGCUGUGAGGAGUUAUUCGACUAAGAAGCACGAUGAGGUGUCUGUGCCAAUUGGCUCUGUGGUUGAGGUGCUGAGGAAGUCUGACGACGGCUGGUGGCUCAUUAGAUUCAAUGGUAAGACGGGUUACAUCCCCUCCAUGUACCUGCAGCCAUUCAACAACCCACGUGCAGGCCUUUACAGCCUGCAGAGAAAGUUGCAUAGCUCCACUCUGAACUUGGCAACCAGCAAGGAAGCUCGGGCUUCUCAUCCACACAACAUCAACAAAGAAAACAGCCCACAGCUGGAUCCUGCUGGUCAGUCCAGAGGAGAGGCCAGUGUUCCAGGGCGUCUCCACAAGGCCCAAUCCCUGGACGUUCUCCUUGAGAGGGACGCCUCAACUUCAGCUGGCCGCACGCGCAGCACGAGCAACACAAGCAACACAAGCAGUGAGCUCAGCGUCUACGGCUGCUCCUCCUCAAGCAGCGGAUCCUCCUCGAGUUUAAAAGAGGAGGACGCACAGCAUCAGCUCCGCCAGCCUGACGUCAGCGACAGUGAGCGCAGCAGCCCUGAUCUCAGUCUCUCCGACCGCCGCGGCUCCAGCACUACCUCUGAGAGUUCUGUAUCUGUCAAGUCCAACGGCAGCGAGACGUCCUCAGUCGCUCCCAGGGUACCACCCAGACCCAAAACCGAGGAGAUCUUGACCCGCUGCACCACCAUGACCCGCAAGGCGGCCCUGGCCACCAAGACUCGGCUUCAUAUUCAGCCAGAGUCCAACCACAGUCGCUAGGGAAAUGACACUGUGACACUUUACACUACAAAUACUCUUAAUCGUGCUUUCUUCUUUAUUUAUAUCUUUUUAUUAUGUAUCCAUGUAAAAUAUUUCACCUGUUAAGUCAGUCAAGUGUGCAGCAUUGUUCAUAUCUCUCAUAGUGCUUGUGAUAGCAAUGAUUGAAGAGAUAGCAGCAGUGGCAAGACAAACCUUUGCUGGAUUCCAUAAGAUGAUAAUCUAGGAAUCUUCCAUUUGAUUAAAUGGAGCAUGGCAUCUUAGAUUUGAAUAUUUCACUCAGUAUAUGAAUGUAGCUUCAGUGAAGCAUUAGAAGGAGCAGGUUCAAGAAAAUCUAUCACAGUAGUAAAAAUAAUAAAAAUAAAAAUAAAAAUUUUUUCCAGCUUUGAAGCCACUUAAGGAGGAUUUGAAGUGGAUUGUUGAGGUUAAAUAUUUACACCGUACUGUAUUUUAGGUAUGCCUCUUUUCUCACAUAGUUUUUUAGCACAAAUCAGUGCUGAACUAUUGACGAAUAUUUUAUCCUAAUGGAAAUGAACAUAUGAUAUCCAGCAGGUCAACAUGUAGCGAAUAGCAGCAGAAAACAUGGCAGUGAAGAGUGAAAGCCUUAUGAUCAAUUGGUGUGAUAAUCAAGCUGUGAGCAGACAGAGAGUGAUUUACCAGCGUCCUUCCACAGCAUGUUGAUUACCUUCUAUUUUAAUUUUUUUGCUUAUUGUCUGAAUAUGUUGCUGCCUCAUUUUAUGUACUGCAUUAUCGACUGUAAGAGUUCACAUGUUCAAUAUUAACAGGUCAAUAAAAUUAAAUUUGCACUAAA